AUGCCCGUCAAAUCCCCAACAUCGCAAAUUCUCGGAACCAGCGCCUGUUAUCUUCUCGUCAACCUCAACCUCUCCCUAAUCGUCCAGAGGCCCCUACCCGACCUCGCGAUGUUCUCCCGAGCUGCCAGAGUGCCCAGGGCGCUUGCCUCGCGCACCAGGGCUCCUAUUGCCCUUGCGGCCCGUCCUCGCUUUGUUACCACCGACGCUGCCUCUUCGUCCCUGAGCGCCAAGGUGCCCAAGGAUGACAAUGAGACUUUCUCGGUCAACCUCAGCGACGAGAGCUUCGAGACCUACGAGCUCGACCCCCCUCCCUACACCAUUGAUGUCACCAAGGCCGAGCUGAAGCAAAUGUACUACGACAUGGUUGCUGUCCGACAGAUGGAGAUGGCGGCCGAUCGCCUCUACAAGGAGAAGAAGAUUCGCGGUUUCUGCCACUUGUCCACCGGCCAGGAGGCUGUCGCCGUCGGUAUCGAACACGCAAUCACCAAAGAGGACGACAUCAUCACCGCCUACCGAUGCCACGGUUUCGCUCUGAUGCGUGGUGGCACCGUUCGCUCCAUCAUCGGCGAGCUGCUCGGUCGCCGUGAGGGCAUUGCCUACGGAAAGGGUGGCUCUAUGCACAUGUUCUCUAAGGGCUUCUACGGCGGCAACGGUAUUGUCGGCGCUCAGGUCCCAGUCGGUGCCGGUCUCGCCUUUGCGCACAAGUACAACGACACCAAGAAGGCCUCCAUCAUCCUCUACGGUGAUGGUGCUAGCAACCAGGGUCAGGUCUUUGAGGCUUUCAACAUGGCCAAGCUCUGGAACCUCCCCGCCCUGUUCGGCUGCGAGAACAACAAGUACGGUAUGGGUACCUCUGCGGCCCGCUCCUCUGCCUUGACCGACUACUACAAGCGCGGACAGUACAUCCCCGGUCUCAAGGUGAACGGCAUGGACAUUCUGGCUGUCAAGGCCGCCGUCAAGUACGGAACGGAGUGGACUGCCGCCGACAAGGGUCCCAUGGUCCUCGAGUACGUCACCUACCGCUACGGUGGCCACUCCAUGUCCGAUCCCGGAACCACCUACCGCACGCGUGAGGAGAUUCAGCGCAUGCGCUCGACCAACGACCCCAUUGCCGGGCUCAAGCAGAGGAUCCUCGACUGGGAGGUCGCCAGCGAGGACGAGCUCAAGAAGAUUGACAAGGAGGCGCGCAGCCACGUCCAGGAGGAGGUUGCCAUCGCCGAGGCCAUGGCUGUCCCUGAGCCCAAGCCCUCAAUUCUGUACGAGGACAUUUACGUCCGCGGCUCCGAGCCCAAGUUCAUCCGUGGUCGUCACGCGGACGAAAACUACUACUUCAACCAGUAA